GAGCCGAACAGCCGAGCCGAGCCACCGAUGGCCGUCUGGUCGUGCGGCGGUUAUUGUUUGUGUCAGUUCGACGCGCCACAUCGAACGAGCAACAACCGCUCAGAUACAAAGAUACGUUCGUUCGCAGCAGCAGCAGCCAACGACAGCGACAGCGACAGCGACAGCGCUAGAAUCCGAGAGCAACGUUGCGUAUGCGUGACGCGUGAAUCGCGUAGAGUUAUUUCCCAUUUUCGCCCCCCCCCGCCCGCAAAACACACACACAAACCCUCGAACGCGUAGUGCAGUGCGCUGACCAUCCAUCCAUCCAUCCAUCUAUCCAGCGAUGACAGUGCCCGGGCAGCUUUAGAUCAGCGAUCGGCCAGAGAGAGCGAGCGAGCGAGCGAGAGCGAAGCAGCAGCAGAGCCAGCGGCAAGGCGGUCUGCAUUCAUUCCGCCGACGGCAAAACGAUAAAGUGAUCUAAAGAACGCGGUUCAUUCAGCGGUUGAACGGUUUAACGGUUUAACGGUGUAACGGUGCAACGAUCGCGAUAACGGUGUAACGGUGUAACGGUGUAACGGUGGACAUGGAGCGGGUCGUCCUGCGCGCAUGACAAACGAACAGCCGCCGAGAUCCCCCCCGUCCUGGGCGAGAUCAAAAUAUUAGAGUCCCCCCACCCCCCUUCCAUGCCCUUCAAACCCCACCAAAACAAAACAAAAACAGUGCAAUGAUCAAAAGUUAACAAAAUCAAGAAACAAAGGAUACAAAGAGAAAGAGAAAGUAGAGAGGGAGAGCGAGAGAGAGAGGGAGCGAAAGUGCUUAGCAGUUAACGGUCAACAAAAGUUCUCUUGAUGAAAAAUCACCUGUCCAACGUGCUGUGUGCAAUGCGUAGUGACUUCAAGGAUAAUCACCAGGAGACCAUCAAUAAAAUGAUACAAUUUGGCACAGUGAAAUAUGGCAUUGUCAAACAGCUGAAGGAUCGCGCUCGAAGCGCCGACAAAGACACUGGCAGCGAUCAGGAGGAGAAUGGAGCCUGCUCGCCGCUGACCACGGCCACUGCCACGACCACGGCCAGUCCCAGCCGCAGUCCCGAGCCCGAGGAGGAUCAGGAGCAGCAGCUGAAACACACGGAGACCAUCGAGGACAACAACAACAAGGUGCUGGUCAUGACAAAGCCGGACUCCGAGCCGGAGGCCCACUCGAGGCCCCAGUCACCGCUGGCCCUGACCAACACAGAAGAGGCGGCCACGGCGGCCAGUCCGGCGGCAGUGGCGCCCGAGAAGGACAUCGAAGUGGAUGUGGAGAUGCCAGAGACAAGGACGGCGGCAGGAGAGGAUGUGGGGGCCACACCCGUGACCCUGGAGGCCAUACAGAACAUGCAGAUGGCCAUUGCCCAGUUUGCGGCCAAGACGAUCGCCAACGGAUCGACGGGGGCGGACAACGAGGCGGCCAUGAAGCAGCUGGCCUUCCUGCAGCAGACGCUCUUCAAUCUGCAGCAGCAGCAGCUCUUCCAGAUCCAGCUGAUCCAGCAGCUGCAGUCGCAGCUGGCCCUCAACCAGGCCAAGCAGACGGACACGGACGAGGCCCAGGAGGAGGAUGGGGAUGCGGAUGGGGAUGGGGAUGGGGAGCCAGAGGAGCGCGACGAUGGCGAGACAGACACGUACGAGGAGGAGGAGCGCAUUGCCGACAUGGAGCUGCGCCAGAAGGCGGAGGCCCGCAUGGCCGAGGCCAAGGCCCGCCAGCAUCUGAUCAAUGCGGGAGUGCCCCUCAGGGAGUCCUCGGGCUCGCCCGCCGAGUCCCUGAAGCGCCGCCGAGAACAGGAGCAGGAGCAGGAGGAGGCUGCCGCCGCUGCCGCGGCCAUGAGGCGCCCGCCCACCAGCCGCCGCCUCAGCUCGGAGGCGGCGGGCCGGCACAAGGAGAACGCCCAGGAGGCGCUGGCCAAGCUCAAGGACAUGGAGAACAUGCCGCUGCCGUUCGGCUCCGACCUGGCCUCGAGCAUCAUCACGAACCACGACGACCUGCCGGAGCCCAACUCGCUGGACCUGCUGCAGAAGCGCGCCCAGGAGGUGCUCGACUCCGCCUCGCAGGGCAUCCUGGCCAACAACAUGGCCGACGACUUCGCCUUCGACAAGGCCGGCGAGGGCAAGGGCCGCAACGAGCCGUUCUUCAAGCACCGCUGCCGGUACUGCGGCAAGGUCUUCGGCUCCGACUCCGCCCUGCAGAUCCACAUCCGCUCGCACACCGGCGAGCGCCCCUUCAAGUGCAACGUCUGCGGCAGCCGCUUCACCACGAAGGGCAACCUCAAGGUCCACUUCCAGCGGCACGCCCAGAAGUUCCCGCACGUGCCCAUGAACGCCACGCCCAUUCCGGAGCACAUGGACAAGUUCCAUCCGCCGCUGCUCGACCAGAUGUCGCCCACGGACAGCUCGCCCACCCACUCGCCGGCGCCGCCCUCGGCCACGUCCGGGAGCUCCGCUGCCGCCCCGCCGACCCUGCCCCUGCCGUUCGCCUCGAGCCCCGCCUUCCCGGGCCUGCAGGGCCUCUACCGGCCGCCCAUGGAGAUCCUCAAGUCGCUGGGCGCCGCCGCAGGCGGUCCGCAUCCGUUCUUCCCCCAAAUGCCGGGCCUAGGCGCCGCCCUGAAGCACUCCCACGCCCACUCGCACGCCCACGACAUGCCCACGGAUCUGCGCAAGUCCUCGGGUCCGAGCUCGCCCCGCCCCCAGGGGGAGGAGGAGGAGGAGGAGGAGGACGAGGAGAUGCUGUCCGGCCAGAUGCCCGUCAAGACGGAGCUCAUGGAGGAGGACAAGGAGGAGGAGGAGGCGAACGAGGAGCAGGACACCUCGGCCCACGAUCGCUCGGAGACGGAGACGGAGCCCGAGCCGGAGCCCCUGCCCCUGGAGGUGCGGAUCAAGGAGGAGCGCCUCGAGGAGGAGUCCUCGGAGCAGCACCAGUCCCAGGACCACGAGGAGGAGCACCUCGAGGUGCGUCGCACGCCCUCGCCGCGCGUCCGAUCCCCGCCAGUGAAUCACCAUCGCAGCCACCACCACGCCCACCACGGCCACCACGCCCACCACGCCCAUCACGGCUACCCGCCGGUGGUGCAGCCCAUCCAGCCGCCGGCCCUGAUGCACCCACAGCCCUCGCCCGGCUCCCAGUCGCACCUGGACCACCUGCCGACGCCCGGCCAGCUGCCGCCGAGCAUGCCCCACCGGGAGGACUUCUUCGCGGAGCGUUUCCCCCUCAACUUCACGACCGGAAAGACGCUCUCGCCGGAGCACAACUCCCCCAUCCGGUCGCCGGCCGCCGGCGGACCCCAUCCGCACGGGCAUCCGCACCACGGCCACAUGGCGCGCUCGCCGUUCUUCAAUCCGAUCAAGCACGAGAUGGCGGCGCUGCUGCCGCGGCCCCACAGCAACGACAACUCGUGGGAGAACUUCAUCGAGGUGUCGAACACCUCGGAGACGAUGAAGCUCAAGGAGCUGAUGAAGAACAAGAAGAUCAGCGACCCCAACCAGUGCGUGGUCUGCGACCGGGUGCUCUCCUGCAAGAGCGCCCUCCAGAUGCACUACCGGACGCACACGGGCGAGCGGCCGUUCAAGUGCCGCAUCUGCGGACGGGCCUUCACCACGAAGGGCAACCUGAAGACGCACAUGGCCGUGCACAAGAUCCGGCCGCCGAUGCGCAACUUCCACCAGUGCCCCGUCUGCCACAAGAAGUACUCGAACGCCCUCGUCCUGCAGCAGCACAUCCGCCUGCACACGGGCGAGCCCACGGACCUCACGCCCGAGCAGAUCCAGGCGGCCGAGAUCCGCGAUCCGCCGCCCUCCAUGAUGCCCGGCCACUUCAUGAAUCCCUUCGCGGCGGCCGCCUUCCACUUUGGCGCCCUGCCGGGCGGACCGGGCGGCCCCCCGGGCGCCGCAGGAGCCCUCCACGGGGCGCACAACGGAGCCCUCGGCUCGGAGUCCUCGCAGGGCGACAUGGAGGACAACAUGGACUGCGCGGACGACUACGACGACGACGUGUCCUCGGAGCAUCUGUCCAACAGCCACCUCGACCAGGAGGGGGCUGGAUCCGGGGAGCGUCCGCGGUCGGGCGACGACUUCAAGUCGCUGCUCUUCGAGCAGAAGCUCCGCAUCGACGCCACGGGCGUGGUCAACACCCAUCCGCCCGCCCGGCCCCGCUCCUCCGCCUCCAGCAACGCCAACUCUGUGGGAUCCGCCUCGGCGCCCACCAGCCCCACCUCCCAGUCGCACCUGGCCGCCAAGCCGAGCUCCUCGUCCACGCGGGCCAGCAGCCCGGCCCGCUCGGAGGCGUCGCAGGGCGCGCUGGACCUCACGCCCCGCGCGGCCCCCCAGCACCCGCCGGCGGCCUCCGCCUCCGCCUCGGCCUCCUCGUCCAGCUCCCGCUCGCCGCUGCUGCCCAAGGAGAAGGCGAUCAGCCCGCCCGGCCUGCCGCAGUCGGCCCGGAGCCCACCCAACGGACCUCCUCCGCCACCGCCCUCGAUGCUCUCCUGCUCGCCCCUGCCCCCGUCGGUGGCCAUCGACUGCCUGCCCCCGGGGCUGCAGCACCACCUGCAGCAGCAGCACCAGCACCUCAUGCAGCAGCAGGCGGCCGUGGCGGCGGCGGCGGCGGCCCAGCACCACCACCACCAGAUGCAGCAGCACGCGGCCGCCCUGCACCAGCACCAGGAGCAGCUGCGUCGCGAGGCCCAGGAGGCGCAGCAGAAGGCGGCGGCGGCGGCGGCGGCAGCGGCUGCCGCAGCAGCCCAGCGCCAGACCUCGCCCCAGCCCCCGUCCCGCGGCGGCGGCGGCAGCGAUGUGGCAGGAGCCGGAGUCGGGCCGGCGGGUCCGCCCAAUCCCAAUCCCCUGAUGGGCGCCCGUCCGCCCUUCGGCAUGUUCCCCAAUCUGCCGCUCUUCCCGCCCUCCACCACCCAGAACAUGUGCAACGCGAUGAACCAGAUCGCCCAGUCGGUGAUGCCGGCGGCGCCGUUCAAUCCGCUGGCCCUCAGCGGCGUGCGGGGCAGCACCACCUGCGGCAUCUGCUACAAGACAUUCCCCUGCCACUCGGCCCUCGAGAUCCACUACAGGAGCCACACCAAGGAGCGGCCCUUCAAGUGCAACAUCUGUGAUCGCGGCUUCACCACCAAGGGCAAUCUGAAGCAGCACAUGCUGACACACAAGAUCCGGGACAUGGAGCAGGAGACCUUCAGAAAUCGUGCAGUAAAGUAUAUGAGUGAAUGGAACUCUGAUCGCGAAUAAAUAGACAGUACGAUCACGAUCGAGAUCUAGAUCGACGUCUAGAUACUUUCCUCCCCGAAGAAGGCUGUUCCAGAACCCGAACCAGAACCAGCUCCAGAUUCAGAUUCAGAUUCAGUCAAGAUGCAAUCGAUUCUCGCAAACCAAAUGAUCUCAAAAACAAAAAGAGAGAGAGAGAGAGAGAGAGAGUGGGAGAGAGAGAGGGGCCGAGAUGCUGGUGUAUACAAAUCUUUUAUAUUUAUAAAUUGUUGCCCACAAAAAAUAUUAUUUGGGAAUGCGAAUGCGAAUUCAUAAACAAUGUUUUUAUGAUCCGGGGGCGCGCUAGAAACCAAUACAAAUGAAAGCCGGCGAUCAUGAAACGUAUCCAAAGAUGCAUCGAAAGCGAUUUGUGUUCCAGAGCUAAAGACCUGGCGCCAUGGAGCCCAAAAACUGCUUGGUUUUGAGAGACUGAUAGCGUUUCAUGUUCCAACAGCCGCACAGAUACUCCUCUCUGAAGUAUCUGAAGCGAAGGCGUAGUAAAAAUCAAAAUUCGAAUUUAAAGCAAAAAAAACUUAAGGUAUAUGCAAAUAGAAAUAUAAUAGGUACCUACCUACAUAUAUAUAUAUAUAUAUAUGAUAUAUUGUAGUAUGAUAACCGAAUCCCCCCUCACAGAUACACAGCUACAGAUACAGAUACACGGUUAAUCUAUUUGGAAUGUGCAAUAAAAUAUGACACGCUAUAAAUUUAGAUGCUUUUGUUUCCUACUACUCGUAAAUUAGUUUUUAUUUUCCACUCCUUGUACAUACCCUAUAAAUAAUAAUCAUAUUUCAAGAUCCCAAAAAAUACAAAACAAACAAAAAAAAAAAAAUUAAAAAUUAUAUAUGAGAAAUUGUGAUAUUAAAUGUAAAAAACAAAAAAAAACAAAAUAAAAUACAAAUUAUUGAUUGCUUUCCAUAUCACAGAACCACAAAAGAUACAAUAUACUGUAUCUAAGAUUCAAGGUUAAUUUAGUCGUUAGACGAGACACAAAACCACCCCUCCCCCCACCCUAGAUAUAAGUACACACCCCUAACUUAUACACAGAUACAAAUGUAUCUCACAAUCUGUUCGUAAGCAUAGUCUCAUAAUUUAUUAAAACACCACAAAAA